GCAAUACUAUGCCUACCUCACAGAUACACAGUGCAAGAGGGUUGGAACUCAGUGCUGGGUGUUUGGGGUUAUUGCUUUCCUUGAAGCUAUUGUGUGCAUAAAGUUCGGACAGGAUCUUUUUUCCAAAACACAAAUACUGUAUGUUGUGUUUUGGCUUCUCUGUGUGGCCUUUACAACCUUCCUGUGUUUAUAUGGUAUGGUUUGGUACGCAGAAUACUACGGCCACCGAGAAAAGACCUUAUCGGAAAGCGAAGACAGCCCAUACAGUCCAGAUGCUUCCUGGCUUCAUUCUAAGUUCAGUAGAGGUGCUGACAAUAGUCCACCAAAACAUUCAGUCAACAGUGAAAGCCAUUCAUCUAGAAGGAGGAAUCGGCACUCCAAAUCAAAAGUAACGAAUGGAAUUGGCAAGAAAUAGGAAUGGUCUCUGAAGAUAUCCUACAGUGUGACCAGAGAUGACAAAGAAAAUCAGGCCUGGCUCUGAAUUUCCAAAUGGGAGAUUGAUUUUUUUUAAAUUUAAAAGUUAAGAAAAGGAGGUGUUGAAGAAAAGGAUGAUCAAGAUGGAGCCACCGGUGUAGUGCAAAUCAUUGCCUGCUGACACUUGCCAUUCACUGAUUUAAAUCUCGUUCCUUCAGCUGUGGCACCAAAAGCUAAUGAAGAGUAUGCUGGAAAGAAAAAUAAUUUUGUCAUAGCAGGUACAUGCUGUUUUGUGU